UUUAUAUGGAGUAUAUAUCUAUAUACUCUGUAUUAGUUCCUUGUUUUCUCACAUGGCGUGAUAGUGGAUCUUUUCAAUGUAAACCGUGCAUUAUAUGUUGCAAUACGAAAUCAAUAUUCAACUGACUUCUAGAGAGAGGUAUGCGUUGCGCACGAAUGUCAAAAUCGAAUAAAUAGUCGUCUGCAGUAGCAGCCGAAGUGGACAUCUGCAGACGUGAUAACACGAGUAAUCGGAGUGGAUGACGAUCAUAAGUUUUUUUUUCCCUUCUUACCAUAAACGUGUUCGAGUUUACGUGUAGUUAGUUCGGAAGUUUUAGAAUUUCCACCGAUGAUCAUCAAAUUACAGACGGGGAUUUCUGAAGGAGCCGUGUGGCGGCGAACAAAGCCGCCCUUACAAAUUUAAAGAAGGAAUGACGCUGGAGAAUCCUUUUUUUGUCGUCAAAGACGAGGUUUGCAAAGCUCUAAAUAAAAAUCGAGGUUUAUACGGCCGCUGGACGGAAUUACAAAAUGUCGUUACUAGUCCUACAAUAAACGGUGGAGGGGGAAUUCCGAUUUCGCGCGAAGAAUUGGAUUGGACGACAACAGAGUUGCGAAAAGCGCUACGCUCGAUCGAGUGGGAUCUUGAUGAUCUAGAGGACACUAUUUGUAUCGUAGAGAAAAACCCAACGAAAUUUAAAAUCGAUAAUAAAGAACUAAGCGUUCAACGAAGUUUUAUCGAACAAACACGAGAAGAAGUAAAGAUUAUGAAAGAUAAGAUGAAUUUAAGUAGGGGCAGGGACCGUGAUAGCACGGCAAGACAGCCCCUUUUGGAUAAUAGUCCCGCUCGUGUUCCUGUCAAUCAUUCUUCAACUAAAUAUAGUAAGCUUGAAAAUGAGACAGAUAGUCCAAAUAGACAAUUUCUUGGCGAUACUCUACAACAACAGAAUGACAUGAUGAGGCAACAAGAUGAACAAUUAGAAAUAAUAGGAGAAAGUAUUGGUACACUCAAAACAGUGUCUAAACAGAUCAACUCAGAAUUAGAUGAACAAGCAAUUAUGCUGGAUGAAUUUGGUAAUGAAUUAGAAACAACAGGCUUUAAGUUAGAUGCAACAAUGAAGAAAAUGGCUAAAGUUCUCCACAUGAGUAACGUAAUUGUAUCACUAUUGCUGUACUACCACAGUGGACACUACAUACAAGAUACAGGAUAUCAAUAUACCUGUAAUACUCAUAUUAAUAUGUUUUUUAAUGGAUAUAAAGAAAAGUACUUGAUGUUUAAUUUCUCAAAUACAAUAACUUUUCAUCUAUAUUACGUAAUUGUUAUAAAAAAUGAGACAUAGUUAGAUAUUCAUGUUAGAAAAGAAUAUCUAUUUUUUGUUGUUGUUCUGUAUAUAAUAUAAUUUUUAUAUUUUUUUUCCAAUUUUUUAUGUUCCUAUAUCUAUAAUUAUAAUAAAAAGUAUAUAAUGACAAAUAAUGUUAAAAAAAUAUGAAAACUAAAUUACACAUAUUUGAAGUCCUAUAAUUGUAAUAGUUUAUUUUUGCAAGAUAAAUGUACCAAAUGAUUAUUAAAUACAGUCCAAGUAUUUGAAGCUAAUUAAUAGUAAGAAGAUAACAAACCAACAAGAAGAUAUAAUCACAUUGCUAUAAUAAUUUGCUGAAUUGCCCAGUGAAUAUACAAUUUUAGGAAGUAAAUUAUUUAAUCCUUCUUAAAUACUUGGGCAAAUAUAUAGUUCUCAAUUUUAAAAAGGACCACUUUGAAAGGAUACUUUUCUGUAGAUAUAGUUGGAAAAGAUAUACAUUAAUAUAUAUACAAGAAAAUUAAAGUAAUGAUUAUAUAUAUAUAUAUAUAUAUAUAUAUAUAUAUAUAUAUAUAUAUAUAUAUAUAUAUAUAAGUGCAAUAAGCACUACACAAUGUGUUAAAGAAACUAUAAACAGUAACAAUAAACACUGUUGACAUAAUACUUAAUAAGAAAAAUAUGUAGAUAAAUUAAAAUAAUAUAGUUAAUAUUUUGUUCAAGUAAAAUUAACAAGCAUUACCAAUGCCAAAAAUUAUAAAGCAUAUGUCAAGCAGAAUUUUAAGUAGGAAGGGUAAGCACAAGAGCUUGUGUGCCUGAUAAAGAUUUAAUACGACAAAAUUAUGCAUAGCAUUAGAUAAAUUUUCUAUAAUAUUUGGAUGUUGGAAAUAUCUCAUACACUAGUACUUCCAAUGUACACAAUGUGAUAUCAGUGUGCUAAGUGAUUUAAAGUUCAAGUCUAUAUAACGGAAAUUUUGGUGGGUAUCGAAAUAUUGAAUGUGUCUCUUAGCAUACCCUUAUUAAAUAUGUACAUACAUAACAUUUCUAAGCUGCUCAAUUAAAUGCAUUUAGAAAUAGGAUUGAAUAUUUGUAUGUAUGAUGGUUGAGAUUGAUUGUUUCUUUAGAAUACAUAUUGUUAACGAAUGUCAGAAAUUUUAGCAAUUAAAAAGUAUUUGUCCCUUUAGGACAAAUUCAAAGAUACAAUAUAUGUAUAGAUCAUUUAAAAAAAAAUACAAAUAUUAUAAUCUUAUGAGAGACUUCAUAUCAAAAUAAAAUGGUAUUUCAGUAUGUAAUUAGCAAAAGAUAAUAAACUAUCUAUUUCUCAUAUAUAUGACCAAUUGUGAAAAAAUAAUAAAAUUUAGAAAUAUA